UGCCUCCCACUAAUACCAUUGCUUUCUAUUAAGCUCUAAUCUCUCCCGUUCUCUUCCGAGCCUCGGAGGGAAGCCGAAGAAGGAAGAGGAGGAAGGGGGCGAUGGACGCGUUCUACUACUUGGUUUUUGGCGGGCUCGCGGCGGUGGUGGCGGCGAUGGAGCUGAGCAAGACGAGCAGAGACCGCGUUGCCACCUCCUCCCCCUUCAACGCCUUCAAGAACAACUACCUCCUCGUCUACUCCCUAAUGAUGGCUGGUGAUUGGUUGCAGGGUCCUUAUGUCUACUACCUCUACAGUCAGUAUGGCUUUGACAAGGGAGACAUCGGCCGGCUCUUCAUUGCAGGAUUUGGGUCUUCCAUGCUGUUCGGGACGAUAGUGGGAUCCUUAGCUGACAAACGGGGUCGUAAGAGGGCAUGUGUCACCUACUGCAUCACAUAUAUUCUUAGCUGCAUUACUAAGCAUUCUCCUGAGUACAAAGUUUUGAUGGUGGGUCGUAUACUGGGAGGAAUUUCUACGUCGCUGCUCUUCUCGGCAUUUGAGUCAUGGCUUGUUGCAGAACAUAAUAAGAGAGGUUUUGAUCCACAGUGGUUGUCAGUAACUUUCGCGAAGGCUAUAUUUCUUGGCAAUGGUCUUAUCGCCAUUGUUUCUGGACUUUUUGCCAAUUUAUUGGCUGAUAAUUUAGGAUUUGGUCCUGUGGCUCCAUUUGAUGCUGCUGCAUGCUGCCUUGCCAUAGGCAUGGCCAUUAUCUUGUCAUCCUGGAGUGAGAAUUAUGGAGAUCCUUCUGAUAGCAAAGACUUGAUUACACAAUUCAAAGGUGCUGCUGCAGCCAUUGCUUCUGAUGAGAAAAUCGCUUUGCUGGGUGCAAUACAAUCACUUUUUGAAGGUUCAAUGUACACCUUUGUAUUCCUGUGGACUCCUGCUUUGAGCCCAAAUGAUGAGGAUAUACCUCAUGGCUUUAUUUUUGCUACAUUCAUGGUUUCUUCAAUGUUGGGAAGCUCCAUAGCAUCUAGGCUGAUGGCUCGUGGGACUCUUAAAGUCGAAAGUUAUAUGCAGAUUGUGUUUGCAAUCUCUGCCUUCACUCUGCUACUUCCCAUUAUCUCUAAUUUCUUAGUUGCACCUUCUACCGCGAAGGGUGGUAGCAUAUCUUUUGGUAGUUGUAUCCAACUCCUUGGCUUUUGUGUCUUUGAGGCCUGCGUUGGCAUAUUUUGGCCAUCAAUUAUGAAGAUGAGAUCCCAGUACAUUCCUGAGGAAGCUAGGAGCACAAUUAUGAACUUCUUUCGCAUUCCCCUCAAUAUUUUUGUGUGUAUCGUACUCUACAAUGUAAAUGCUUUCCCAAUCACUAUCAUGUUUGGAAUGUGCUCUAUCUUCCUUUUCAUGGCCUCGGUCUUGCAAAGGCGGCUUAUGGUGGUUGCCGAGAGCCACAAAUCAAAGCCACAAGAUUGGACAGGUCUGAAGGAGAGGGAUGAUGAAGCAGAAUCAUUGAACAUCUGAGUCUAGAAGGCAUUAGAGCAUCCACAGUGUGUGAUAACCAGUGAAACAUAUGGACGCUUCAUUGAACUGACUGUUCUCAUCUGGCUAAAUGAAGGAAAGGCUAUUGAUGUGUAUAGUAAGUACAUUGGAAGGCAGUUGAUCCUCCAAUUUCAUUAUGAAGCCAUGACAUGUUCCCUAAUGAGGAAUUGAUCGUGUUUUGUUCUCUAUUUAAUUUAGUAACACAGAAUAGAUAUAUGUAGGUACUCAUGCUUGGAAAUCUGGCUUAAUCAUCAUUCAUUUUAUAAUUCAUUUGCUGUUGUAUCGGCUAUUCCAAUCUAGUUAUUCA